GUCAUUCGGAAUUACUAGAAUAGAAACAACAUGGCGAUUAGAAAACGUCCGUCUAAAAUGAAACUAUGAAGGAACUACCACACUCCCACGGACAGAGAUGACCUCUAGAGAUGUUCUGGUUGUUUCUGUCCACGCAUUGCCCAAGAGAUGAAGAAGGCGACAGAAAAACCCGGAGAAUCAAAACCGGAUGUUGACAAAGCAAAACGUGUUUACAGGGUAGCUUUAGAUGCUAUUAAGAAGCUUGAUGAGAUUUUGAAGCAGAAGAAGGCCUAUAGGGACGUCUUUCUACAGGAUGCUGUGGGGCUCAGAAACAAGUUGAAGGAAUACUGUGAGAGGUUGAUGUUCUAUAACCCAGUGGAUUAUGGGAGGAAAGCAGAGGAAGUUUUAUGGAGGAAGGUCUUUUAUGACCCUAUUCAGCUGGUCAAGAAAAACAGAAGGCACCUGCGAUCUGGGAGUUCUCUGGAGGCCGCCUUUCGGACCCACCUAUCGGCAGCCACUGGAUAUUACCACCACCUCAUCUUCAGACUUCAGUCCGAGUUUGGCCUUAAGCUAAAUAGAACUUUAGAUUUCUUCCUUAUACCAGAGUCGAAAUCUGGUUUGUAUGGACAAAAGAAAUCGAUGAGUCAGACUGUGAGAAGGAGGGAUGCCACACCCGCUGUUCAGGACUGGGCAACCAAAGCGUGUCAUCGGUGUCUGGUCUGUCUUGGGGAUAUUGCUCGCUAUCAGCAGGAAUUUGACAAAGGUGUCAGUAGGGCAGCAGCUGAACGAUUCUAUCAUCAGGCUAUAGCCCUUUUCCCAGACAAUGGGAUGCCACAUAACCAGUUGGGCACAUUGAAAGGUUCCCGUUAUUUCCAAUGUGAGGCUGCAUAUCAUUACAUACGAUGUAUGGUUUGCGAGAAGGCAUUUGAUGGAGCAGAGGGGAAUCUGGAUAGGUUGUUUGAGAAGAACAGAAAGAGAUUCAGAGAACUACAGCAAAACAGCAACCAGAGUCUUCCACCUGAGCUUCAAAGGCAAUAUGAUGUGAAAUUUUUCCUCAUCCACUUCAUUCAUCUAUUGGAUGUUUUCUUUGAUACAAAUAAAAGCAUUGAUGCAGCAGAACUCCAGGAAUCUUGCCAGUCAGCCCUACAGAGCUUUAACCUGUGUAUGUUUUAUGAGCCCGUGGUGUAUGCUGAGGAGGAAUACAGAGAUGAGAAUCUACAGUAUCUGGAUGAUGAUCUGGUGUUUAAACUUGUUGUGAUUUGUAUGUCUACCAUCCAGCUACUGCAGAUAAGAGGAUCCAAACAAGUGACAGCAGCCACGGCCUUCCUGUUAGCUUUGUUCUCCCACAUUCUUAACCAUAUCGUGAUACGUCUCCACAAUGCUCUGUACGAGAAGGAAAACCCCAACAAACUGCUUCAUCACGAGGCCACAGGUGAGGGUGACUUGUCAGAUAUUGAGAAUGAGAAGACUACCAAUGGACCAAAUGUUGACCCCUCUCAACAUCACACCAUACACCGCCAGGUGAAAGAGGGUGAUCAAGACAGCAAAGGCAGGGAGGAAAACAAGGGAGGUAACAUCAAGAAAAGCAGCAAAUUAAAAAAUGUGAAGAGGAGACGCCAGAGGCGAAGAGGAGGGGGAAGUGACAGUUCCGAUAUGUCUGACGUAUCGGACCUCAGUGAAGGUGGUGAAGAUCUUUCUGACCAGUUUCUAUCAGAUGAGUCUGAGGAGGAGUUUGUCGGAUUUUUCACCAACGACUCCGACUCGGAAAUAUCCGAUGAUCUCAUGGAGAGUCAGGAACUAGAGCCAGGAUUUGCCUCCAAAUCACCGUCCAGUAGUGCUAAACCAACCCCCGACUCCAGCGCCACAAAUGUAAACUCAAACAGCCUGGAUCUGGUGAGCUCACAGAAAAACAUUUGGUCGGCAGAUUCUGACUCACUGGCUCAUUUGUCCUCCGAGCUGCUGUCAUCGUCAAUGACUUUACUGGGACAGAACUACAGACUGGAGGCUCAGAACAGUCGUACUGAGAAGGAUGAGGCAGAGCUGGCAAACUGUGAGGAGGUGGUACAAGGGAGAAAAGAGGUCCCGGUACCUCCAGGUUUUGCUGCAUCUUCUGAGGCCAAACAUGUGGCAGAAAUCACCAACAAACUGGCCAACUUUGUGAUAGAGACGGACACAGAAGUCAGUGCUGGUCCCACAGAUACAGAAAUGUCAGGUUGUGAUGACUCUAAUACGGAGGCAGAAGAUCAGGGCAGUUUAUCAGACUCCACAGACAAGGCUGAGUUAGAACACAAACAUCUGGAGAAUUUGAUUGACGUCCUCCAAACAGAGGGCCUCCUUCCUGUCGUCAAAGUGGUCUGUGAUUGGAUGAAGUGCAAUAAAGAUGUUAUCCUCACCUGUGCUCAGAGCUCUCAGUCUCUAUGGCAUAGACUGUCAGUGUUGUUAAACAUUCUACCUAAAGAAUCUGUCAUUGCAGGACACGACCAGUGCUGGGUUGACCAGCUGAAGACGGUGCUGAACACCACUGGUCAGCCACACUGGAGGCAGGUUUUCCCCCUGACAGAAGAUAUCUGUCUGUGGCAGUUCCCCCCACUUACUGAGGCCCAUAUGGGGGUAGAGUUCACAACAAAGAGGAGGGGCCAACUCACUGAAGUACAAGAGUGUUUCUUGAGGACGGGAAGCUUGAGGCACUUUGGGUACUACCUAUCUUCUUUGGAGAAUUUGACCUUCACUUAUGAUGAAGAACAGAGUUUAUUUAUUGGUCCAUCUCAUACAGGAAACACAGAGGAAAAUGAAAAAGAGGCUAUGGAGCGAGAGGCUGAUGAGGAGAGCAGGAGAAACCAGUUAAUGAGGGAUAUGGCUCAGCUUCGGCUUCAGGCUGAAGUCAGUCAGUUAGAGGGAUCUCUAGAGGCCUCCGACACCCCACAUUUCCCUCCCUAUUUGAUCCCUGACACAACUUGUCUGUGUGACAGUCUACACCUGGUCAAACAGCUCACCCAGGGAGGAAAAGGCAUUCUUAUUAUCCCUAUUUCAGUGAUUGAUACACUGGAUGUCCUUAAGAAGGAGUCAGUGGGGGCGAGAGAGGCCAUCAGGUGGCUGGAGUCCGAAUUCAGAAAAGGAAACAGGUACAUACGAGCACAGAAAAGCAAUGAGAAAGUCGCAGAAAAUAUUCCGAAAAACCUGAAGAAAAGUAAUCGAGACUUGUGGAAUCUGUAUGAGAUUCUUUCCUGUGCCAGAUACCUGGCCCAGCAGGGAGAAAACAUCAGCUCUGGUCACAUGGUGGCCGUGCUGUCCAGCAGGGAGUUGGUCAGGACAUCUGCCCCGCCCACCUUUCACAAGUCUCUGGCCAGCUGUCACAAGGAUGGAAUUAGCAUAGAAAAGAUCUCUGCUUUCACCAAUAAGUGGUUAGACACAUCAAAAAGUAAUGGCUGACACAAAGCUGAAACUUGGCAUGCAUUGCCAGGAGUUCAAAUCAAAAUGGAAAAUGGAUUUCCUAAUACAGCAUAUGAAGAAUUCACUGGAAAAAUCUACUGAAUUAAAUGUAUGUGUGACAUUGAAAGGGAAUGAAAUUCCUCUAUUUGAAAUGUUUUUAUAAAGUGAGUAAAUUUCACACACUUUAGAAUAUUCAAACAUAUUCAAAAUGAGGCUACACACAGAAAUGCAACACAGAUAACAUCCUCAGUUCAUAUGUGUAUCCAAUCACACUGUAUUGGUUUGUGAUUUAUUUUAUAUUUACAAUGAUAAUCCAUAUACCUAUAACUGUUCAUCAUCUAGACAACCAAAUGACCAGAAGAAGUCACUUCCAGGUCCUUGAUGUUAUUUUCUCUCCUUUUUAUUAGCCAAUCAAUAGUUUUUUUUCUGUUUUUAAGAUUGAUUGCUCUGCUUCAGAAAUCUCUUGUAAUGAUCUUGCCCUGUUCCUGUAAUCUUUCCCUACCUCUUUUUGAGCAUUCCACUCUGUGCUUAGGGAAGAAACCCAAACUGCUUUCAAACAAUUAUGCAAAUCACUGUAUUUUUUUUUCCAAUGUAAAAUUCUAUAGCCAGAGGUUAUCAAUGUGUAAUCAUUAUAGAAUAUAAAUAAUUCAGACUCCAACAAACAAAGUUUGUUCUGUAUAAAUCUGUGUUACUAGAAUCUGUUAAAAAUGAUUGCAUGUGAUUUUGGGAACUGCUAAAUAAAAGUGAUACUAUCUUU